AUGGUUAAGAGAUACAAGCAAAUCAUUGAUAUUGUUGCAGUACAGAUGGGGGAAAUGCGUGCUCUAAUGGAGAGACUGUUUGGAGAAUUGAAUGUCAAGCUGGACAAAUCUGAUGCUAGGUUGAAAAAAUUUGAUGAACAAAUUUUAGAGUUGAAAAAAUGCAUUGGAUCUUUUAUGGAUCAAGAGAAAGGCAAAAAAAUGAUCCAAGUUGCCAUUAAUCCUUCCUCCAACGGCCAUGAAAACUCCUCGAUGCUUCAGGAGAAGCAAGUUAAACGGCACAGAGAACCUAUACUCGCUACUUAUAGUCGCAAACGCAACAAAAAGAAGGAUGUUGUUUCAAUGACUAAAGAUGCUAGUGUUGAUGCUCCGAUUUUAGGUCUUGUUCCUACAAAGGAAAUUGAGAUAGACUUGAACAACAAUGCUAACGUUCCGAUUGUAGAUUUUGUUAAUAAAGAGAAAACUGAGAUAGACAUGGAGUUAUCAAUGGGCAGUGAAUUUUGUGUGACUGGGUAUCAUAGGGAGCUACCCUUGGCUGUGCUUAUGGGGGAAGAAGAGACUACACACAAUUUCAUCAAUGAAUCCUUAGCGGAUAAGUUAGGUUGUGAGACAGUUUCAAUCCAUCCUCAAACUGUUCGCUCAGAUUUGGGGGAAAUGGUGACCUCCAGACUAUGCAAUAACUUUCAUUUGUCAAUGGAAGGUAUUGUGUUUAAUUUAAAACUGUAUCUACUUCCAUUGUCAUCAAAAUAUGACAUUGUUUUAGGAGGGGAAUGGCUAGGGGCCCUUGAGAAAAUUACAAUUAGUUCUGAUGGUAUAGAGUUGUACUUACUAGAAGGAGGGAAGAAAUUCAUGCCUUUCAAAAAAUCAGUUAGAGGCCGACGACGCAGACGUUUUUAAAUGAGUUGUUGAUGUUGGUUCUUAACGACGGUAAAUAGGAUUUAUCAUUCUAUUAA